AUGAAUUCCCUCGUCCUCAUUCUUCAAUACUCAAAGUUCCUUUUCUCUUCUCUUCUAUCAUACAAGAGAACUGGCCAGCAGCAUCAAAACGCAGUGUUUGCCGGAAAGAGAGACGUUUUGCCUACAUCCAUAAAGGACGCCCAGCCCAAGAGACAUACCAAGAGAGACCAGCCCUACACUUCCCCUUUAUGUACCAUCUUCUUUGGGGACAGCAAGACAGGAUAUCCAAUCCACAACCUCCUCGUAGAUGGCUAUCCGACAUUAGCGAAGUUAUUUCGCGGGAGUCAAGGGACCAUCUGGCUUAACGACGUACAUGAAUCCGUUGCACAUACGUUUAUAACGUACCUGUAUACCAAAGAGUUCAGCCACGACACUUCAGGAGACAAUAUUAAAGACUUCGAAUUCGCCCUCCGCCUCAUAUAUGCGGCAGGCACUUACGGCUUGUCAGAACUGAGCGAGAAAGCACACGAAUUACGGGAAGAAGCGAUGGAUUCGGGGAAAAACCCCGAAAUUCUCAACGUUGCAAAGGCAAUGCAUAUGUAUUUCAGGGGUUCAGGAUGGUAUCCUGACAUGAUAAAGUCCGCGAUCGAGGCUGACUUGAAAUUUGGGCAUCCAACUUGUUUGGAUCCAAUUAUUGACGCUCUGGGAGAAAAUAGAGAGUUUGAGAAGUUGGUAAUGAAUGUUAUGGCGGAGAUACUGAUGGAAAAGCUCCGUCAGAAGCCGACAGAGUGA